UACAUAUCCCGCUUUUUUGGAGAGUUGUAGAAAAAGAUGUUCACAAGUAAACUGUAUUGAAUGGGCAUGAAUCGCUAAAAAGAACAUAAAUAAUACCGUAAUCAAUUAAAAAACGAGAUCUAUUUAAUAAAAACGAGAGCACAAACAGGCACGCACGCGCGUUCUUAAGUGCCUUGGCAACGGAGCGAUGACCCGCCCGAGGUUACUUAAGGUCAGCAGACUUUCUGAUCGUUCCAUUUGCACUUUGACUUGAACACGAACUUUAAACCUCUUGUGAAAUCAAACUGUUGAAAGCGAACUCUUUGAGUUUUUAACUGCUGGACGAAAUCUAUCGAUACGAAUCUUGUUGGAGAAGUGAACUACUAGAUAACAACUCUUGUGGAGCACAGAAGAGGCUGAAAAAGGCCCUCAGGCGGCUGAGCAUCGCGGACGAGCACCUGCUGGAGGACGUCGGCUGUGAUUGGGACCUCCGGUGCGCAACUGGUGUUGGCUGAGUCAUGGAGCGUCCCGCUGAAGACUGCAGGAUCCUCGGGGACAACCCCGGUGUUCUCCCCAUCUGCAACCCCUCUGAUGAGGUAGAGGUAGGUGAGCUUUAUGUUGUGGGUGAAGGUGAGUUUCUUCCCCAGGCCUUCUUUGACGAGGAAGAGGAAGAGGAAAAAGAAGAGGAGGAAGAGGAGGAAGACAUGGAGGAGGAAGACGACAAGUCCGACUGGGAGAGCUACGGAUCUAGCUACCACGAAGAAGAGGAGGAGGAAGAAGAUGAAGAGGACCCUCUCACCCAGAGGUGGCCACCUCAGAGCUUCAUGACGGAGUUGCGACGAGUGCUGUCUCUCCCCCUGGCCUCUGAUGUGGAACGCCCGGAUUCUGUGGGUGAAGAUAAGUUGCUUCCCUGGGCGUUUUCUGACGAGGAGGAGGAAGAAGAGGAGGGCGAGGUGUCCGACUGGAAGAGCGACGGAUCCAGCUACAACUCCAGGUUGUAUGAAGAGGAGCUGGAAGGGAUGGACGAGGAGGAAGAGGAGGAAGAAGAUGAAGAGGACCCUCUCACCCAGAGGUGGCCACCUCAGAGCUUCAUGACGGAGUUGCGACGAGUGCUGUCUCUCCCCCUGGCCUCUGAUGUGGAACGCCCGGAUUCUGUGGGUGAAGAUAAGCUGCUUCCCUGGGCGUUUUCUGACGAGGAGGAAGAAGAGGAGGAAGAUGAAGAUGACCCUUUCACACAGCCACCUCAGAGCUUCACGACGGAGUUGCAACAAGUGCUGUUUCUCCCCCUGGCCUCCGAUGAUCCCGUGGGUGAAGGUGUGUUGGUUCUCCUGCCCUCUCCUAACGAGGAGGAAGAGGAGGAAGAGGAGGAAGAGGAGGAGGACUAUGAAGAGAUGGCGUACCAUUUGGACUUCGGGAGGGAUUUGGCGUACUAUGCUCUGGAGGCGGACAGGAUGUUACGGGACAUGGAGGAGGAGGAGGAGGACGAGUUCGAAUGGGAGAGCGACGAUUCUGGAUACGACUCCUUGAUGUUUGACGACGAGGUGGAAGGAAUAGACUGGGAGGAAGAAGAGGAAAAUGAAGAUGGCCCUUUCUUGCUGCCCCAACCUUCUUCUCACGUGGAGUGUCCUGAAGAUGCGUCAACCCCCGUCCCUCAGAUGUCAGGAGUGUCCACCAAGAGGAGCAGGCAAGAGGACGACACAGGGCAGGUAAGUGUGAAGAGGCAGAGGAUCGGUGAGGAGGACCACGUGGACACAGCCCCUUGUACUUCAGGUCAAGGCCCCUCCUCCACCAAGAGGACCAGGGAAGAGGACUACAGGGACUCAGCACCCUCCACUUCAGGCCUCGGCGCCUUUUCCACCAAGAGGACCAGGGAAGAGGACUACAGGGACUCAGCACCCUCCACUUCAGGCCUCGGCCCCUCCUCCACCAAGAGGACCAGGGAAGAGGACUACAGGAACUCAGCACCCUCCACUUCAGGCCUCGGCCUCUCUUCCACCAAGAGGACCAGGGAAGAGGACUACAGGGACUCAGCACCCUCCACUUCAGGCCUCGGCCCCUCCUCCACCAAGAGGACCAGAGAAGAGGACUACAGGAACUCAGCACCCUCCACUUCAGGCCUCGGCCCCUCCUCCACCAAGAGGACCAGGGAAGAGGACUACAGGGACUCAGCACCCUCCACUUCAGGCCUCACCCUCCCCACACACAGAAGAUACUGGCAGUGGGCUCCAGACAGCGACUCGGAUUGAGAGUGACAAGAGGCCGGUAAGUAUGAAGAAGGCAGAGAAACGAUGAGGAGGAACACACCCCUCCUCCACUUAGAGGACCGGAGAAGAGGACUACAGGGAGGCAGCACCCUCCACCAGGCCUGGUUUUCUCCUCAAAAAAGAGCCGAGCAAAGGACUAAGUGGUUUCCUCCCUCAACUUCAGGCCUCA